UUUAUAUCCGUGAGGAGACUCCCACACGGCGGGGUACUUUAUGAACUCAACUUGAAAACCUCAGCAGAAUGGUUCAACAUCAUGGCCAACAAGAGUAAUUUCCUAGAAUUCUACAGAACUAAUGUUAUAAUCAAAGACAGGUCAUACCACAUCUUAAUGGAAAAUGCCCCAGUCUCCUUUGUUCCGGACAACCCUGCAGCCAUAGCAAAUAUAGAGAAA